UUUCCAACAGGUGGACGACAAAGCACAUGCAUUGGGCUCAUGGAGUAGAUUCAACACCUACGCUCACCCACUGGACUCGAAGAUGGACAUGGUGACAGAUGAGAACCACAUGGAGGAGAUGGAGAUGGAGACAGAGAAAAACCAAAGUAUGGAUAAUGACUUUUCUGCCACACUGUCAGAGGAGACGGACAGACAUCUGACAAUCAGUGAACAGCCUUCCAGCAGCUGCAGGAGAGUCAGAUUGAGAUCUAGACCCAAACUCCAGUCCACAAAAAGCUUCCCCCCUUACAGUCAGUGUAUAGGUGGACUCGGAGAGGACGGGGAGCAGGACAAUGAGCUCGAUUCAGAAUCAAGCGAAGUGAAUAGGGAAGACAGGAGUGAGGUCAUUCAAGGCACGGAAAAGAAACAGGACAUUGAAUUGAUCCCAAGAUGUGCAAGGGAUGAAGUGAAGUUAAAAUGGAGGCUGAGGAGGAGGGAGAGGUUAGGUGGGAGCCAUGAGGCUGAUACAGACAGAUGGGAGAGGGUGAGGUGGAGCGGGAAAAGAAGGGUAGAGGAGACUGUAAGAAAGAAGGAGUGGGAAUAUGAAGAGGGGGGCAUGAGCAGUGAGUUGAAACACAGGAGAAAUAAAGACUCCAGUUUGGUCAAAGAAAGAAAAGAAGAGGAGGAUACAGAGAGGAAGAGAGUUUUGGCAACAAAGGAAGGAGACGAGGAGAGCGAGGUGACCCCAGAGGGGAUGGAUGAAGAGGCCAAGGAGCUGAGAGGCGGCCCCGCAACACAUCAGUGGUCCUCCCCACAUCCAGUUCUCUCCAAGCUUUUGCACUCCUCCACCUCCUCCUCCAGCUCCUCCAUCAACCUCUCCUCAGCAGAGAGCGAUGAGGUCUUCAGCGAAGGAGAGGAUGUUGACUCAAAGAGGAGGGCGUUCAGGAAGAGCCGUUCCUGGAAAACCUACCUGACCAUGAUGCACUGGUCGCUGCGGCGGCAGAGCUCCUGGGUCCAGCUGGCUGGACAUCAAGGUAACUUCCAGCUGAGUGAGGGAGGGGAGGUGUUGAAACUGUAUAGUGAGGUGGAGGCAAAGUGCCUUGAGUUAUUGAUGAGCGACCCGCUGAGACCCUUUGUCCCGCAGUAUCAUGGCUUGGUCACCAGGGGGGAGCACUGCUACAUCCGCCUGGAGGACCUGCUGAGCGGCCUGAGGAGACCUGUCAUCAUGGACUGCAAGAUGGGAGUCAGGACAUACCAGGAGGACGAACUGAUCAAAGCUCGCACUAAGGCCACCCUGAGGAAUGACAUGUACCAGAAGAUGGUGAAAGUAGACCCAUCAGCUCCAUCAGCAGAGGAGCAUGCACAGAGAGGGGUGACCAAGUUUCGAUACCUUCAGUGGAGGGACACAACCAGUUCUACAUCCACGCUGGGCCUCAGGAUAGAGGGCAUCAUGAUGGAGGACGGCAGUGUCCAACGGGACCUCAGGAAAAUCCUGACUCCAGAUCAGGUCACAAAUGCAAUGCUCUACUUCACCAAGAGUCAGCUGGACAUCCUGAAAGCAUACCACACCAGACUCCUGGCCCUGAGAGAUGCUCUGAAGAACUCACCAUUUUUCAAAACCCAUGAGGUGAUUGGCAGCUCGCUUCUCUUUGUGCACGACCACAGCAGCAAGGCCUGCGUGUGGAUGAUAGACUUUGGGAAGACGACCCCGGUGCCUGACAGGACCGAGCUCCAACACGAUGUCCCAUGGUUCGAGGGGAACAGAGAGGACGGCUACCUCAUCGGUCUGAGGUCUCUGAUCAACUCUCUGGGCGAGGCCAUCAGUGGGGCCUGUGGGCUUCGGGAGGACAGCUGUGGAGAAGAAGAGAGUGGUACAUGAAGUACACCGAGGGUUGUGGUGGAGACACUCGAACACUCAUAUUCAGAAUCAGGUGGACAAAAUGGCCGCUGUUACUCUUUGAACUGUCGCCUCAUGUCAUUCACUGGAGGAGACAACAGAGGAGCAUUUGUUGAUGGGAAAUCUGUCUUCACAGGCUGAGGAAGAAGAACAAGGGAGUACAAUGCAGCUACAAUCCAUGGACAUAUGAUAUGUUUGUCUUCCAAUUGCACAUCUGGUAUGUGAACACUGUAACUGUGAAGACAGUGUUUUGUUACAAAGACUUUGUCUUCUUUACUGUUCCCUUUUUUUUCCCCUUUUUAUUAUUCAUGAAGGACCAAAAACAAAUUUUCCUCAAAAACUUAGAUCUGUGUGGAAAUAUAUACUAAGAUCAUUUGUUUACAGCAGCAAAGAAAACUCUCAUACACGCAAACACGCACAUCAUAUCAUAAAGAGACUAGCCUUACUUAUGAAAAUACAUUUAUAAAACAUAUUAAAAUACAUUUAUAAAACAGAUGUGAUAUUAUCAGAGUUUUGAAUUGUUUACAGAUGAUGCAGCUGAAAUGUUGUCUUCUCCUGGUCAUAUAAGCUGUAGUGAAAUUACACAAAACAACUUCACAUGUAAGACACUCCAAACUAAGUGAAAUAACCAGUACAUUUCUUUAUCUGCUCAGUCUUAAUGUCUCUACAUUAGGAGUACUCAGAAACCAUCCUCUGUCUCUUUGCAGUCAUUUUGUUUCUCUUUGGAGUCAUCUUGAGUCUGUUUGGAGUCAUUCUGAGUCUCUUUGUAGUUAUUUUGUGUGUCUUUACAGACAUUUUUGUCUCUUUGCAGUCAUGUAGUGUCUGUGGUCAUUCUGUCUCUUUGCAGUCAUUUUGAGUCACUUUGCUGUAAUUCUGUCUCUCUCUGCAGUCAUUCUGUGUCUCUUUGUCAUUUUGUCUCUUUGUCAUUUCGAGUCUCUUUGCAGUCAUUUUGUGUCUCUUUGUAGUCAUUUUGAGACUCUUUACAGUUAUUUUGAGUCUCUUUGCAGUCAUUCUGUGGGCCCCUGCCACUUUCAAUGCCCGGGCCUGUGCCCAGUAGGCCCGGUCAGUAAGCCAUCCAUGUGCGCAGCUUAACAUUGUUCAAACCCACAGACCAUUAUUUUAAAUUCCAGUGGGUACUGCAAAUUUUAUGAAGAUAUCCAACGUGUUAGGGUGAAUUUGGGGGACUUGUGUAUAACAUGAUGCACGAGAUGUGUUUGUGCAUUUGGAUACUGUUAGACGGAGUUGACAACUUUUGAACAGUUGAUCUCUCUGCAACUUUAAAGCUACUUAAGAGGGGGGAUAUAAGAAAACUGGAUAUUAAUGUUAAUAUGUGAUGUAAUCAGACCCAGUAGAGAUUAAGAUUUAAAUAAUGUGCAAUAAAUCUUACCUUAGUGAGGUUUAUCAUGUUCUGUGGCCUUACAGAGCUGUUAAUUCAAUACUGUGGUCAUUUCGGAGGCUGCAGGUGUUUCAAACAGGUGUUUCUAAUAUACUGUCCAUCCAUUUAUACCAAUGAGGGCAGACCAAAUACUGGACACACCUCUCAGUAUAUUGCAACACAACUUAGCAGCACCACAAACUACGAAUAAC